AUGUACCAUAUAGUAACUCUUGUGUCGUUCGUCAAUGUAAUUGCCUUCUGUUCUUCUUGUAAUGGUGUUGACGGUGCUGGUUGUGGUGGUGGGGACUGUGGUGGCGAUGGUGGCGGGUUGACGCGCCCGCCCAUGUAUCCGUUCUCCGCCGGCCAGUACCCGUACCCCAUGCUGAGUCCGGAGAUGUCGCAGGUUGCGGCGUCGUGGCACUCGCCCAGCAUGUACCCCAUCUCCACGGCUGCGGCCGGCUUCCGCAGCCCGUACCCGUCGUCGUUGCCCAUCACCAGCACCAGCCUCUCCAGGUUCUCGCCCACGGGGCUGAUCCCGCCGCACCCGGGCCUCAGCCCGCACCCGCACCCGCACUCGCUGGCCACGCACCCCGCCAUCGUGACGCCCGGCCCCAAGCAGGAGCUGGGCGCGCACCCCGCCGACCACAACCACCGGAGCACAACAUUGCGCGUUUGUUCCCAUGAACCAUUAAGCAGACUGCCCGCCUGCGGGAGAGGAUCGCCUGAAUCGCGAGCGGCGGUUGCGGAGCCCGGCGCAGUUUCUAUGCGGUGGCGGCGGCGGUGCGGCGGUGGCCUGGCGAGUCGGCGUGCGGAGCCUAGCGAGCGGAGAACAAACGGGGCGGCGGCGGGGAGGGAGGCAAGGCGCGGUGAGGGAGGACUGGAGGGCGGCCCGGUACGCGCCCACAAGAAACCGCCGCUGCGGAAAGAGGAAGAGGUCCUAUCUCGAUGGCGAUUGGUCAGCAGGGCGGCGUUCCGGUGGGAAACGGCCCGAGGCAGGCGGCGCGCGGGCGCCGCCGGAACCGCCCGGCGAGGAGGCGGGGGCGGCCUGGCCAGCCUCCCUGCCCCCGCCCCGCCCCCACUCUCGCCCCCGCCCCCGUCUCCGCCGCCGGACUGCAGGCUGGUGCUUAAUCAAAGUGAUUUUCAAAGAGCUUAUUUUAUACAACUGUGGAAAUUCAGAGGAAAAUUUCAGAUUUUAAAACAAAAAAUAUUUUGGUACAAAAUGCAGUUGAAUGGUAUUUAUUCCUAUAAAAUGGAGCCUGAUGGAUGGUCCGAACCAUUGAAUUUGGUAAAGAAGAAAAACAAACCUGUUGCUGUAGUGGCUCCCUCUUCUGUUGUUGAGAAGAACAACGAUAAAAUGAAAUUUGAUAGUCCAGAGAGCCAACCAAUUGUAAAUGAGAAGAACGAUUGUAAAGAUAUAUUUGAUUUAUCAGUAUCAAAAAAAUCAGAAUUGGUUGAUGAGCCAAACCCUUUUCUAGCAUUGCUCAGGAAGUCCUGUCUCAGUACUGCUACUUCCACAUCCAUCAAUGACAAAUCUGAUGAUGAUAGUCAAAAGCAAGAAAAAAUUUCUGAUGAAGAAGAUAAUGAAACAUCUGUAGAGAAAAAGCAAGAAGAUAGCAAAACAACAGAAACUGCAGCAUCCUCACUGUUAGAAAGCAACUUGAAACGAGAAGGAUUGUAUUCAAUGAUUCAUAACUUAGCCUCAAGUGAACACAAAUUCCUUACUGCCUUAUACAUGAACAGUUUGCUGAAUACGCCAACCACAAAUACAAUGCAAGCAUCGUUUUCCAAUCCCAUGUCUAAUUACUUGCUCAAUGCUGGAUACAAUAAUUCUUCUUUGACUUCUCUAUCUGAAGCGUAUCAAAAUAGACUUGGAGCAACACCUGCUUUGAACAGUCUCUGGACUCUUGCAGAUAUGCAGCAAAGAUUAUGGCAAAUGGCUACAUGGCAAGAGAACCAACAAACAAGUUCUCAGGGUAGUAGUUCAAGUACUGUUGUACCAAUCAUACCUAAAAUUGGGUCUACAGCUGAGCCAAAAGUCAGUGGCAAAUGUAGUCCUGUCCCUGCCACACAGAGUGCUGAUUCACUUAAGGAAUCUCUUACACCCAGUAGUAAUAAAAUAGUUCCCAAGAAACCAAGACCUAGCUCUAAAGGAUCUUCGUCUAUGGAUCAGAAAAACACCACCUCUUCUGGAACAGAUGGAACAAAGACUCAGGAAUCAGGACAAACUAGUAAUAAUCAAGAUAAAAAGAAACCUCACAUCAAGAAACCCCUGAAUGCCUUCAUGCUUUACAUGAAGGAGAUGAGAGCUAAAGUAGUGGCAGAAUGCACACUGAAAGAAAGUGCAGCUAUCAACCAAAUAUUAGGCCGAAGGUGGCAUUCGCUAUCACGGGAAGAGCAAGCGAAAUACUAUGAGAAGGCUCGGCAGGAGCGCCAACUCCACAUGCAGCUCUAUCCAGGCUGGAGUGCCCGUGACAAUUACGGGAAUGGUGCAAAGAAGAAGAAGAGAAAGAAAGAACGCUCAGCCGACCCAGGAGGUACCCUUUCCAGUAGUGCUAGAACAGCAGUGACAGGAGACAGUACUUGGCACGCGUUAGGUCGUGAAGAACAAGCCAAGUAUUACGAACUGGCUCGCCGAGAGCGGCAAUUACACAUGCAGCUCUACCCCGAUUGGUCGUCUCGUGCUAACUCUUCCCGCGGCAAGAAGAGGAAACGCAAACAAGAGACAAAUGAUGGAGGGAACAGCAUGAAAAAGUGCCGUGCUCGUUAUGGCCUGGACCAGCAGAGUCAAUGGUGCAAACCUUGCAGACGCAAGAAGAAAUGCAUCCGAUACAUGGAAUCUGGUGACAGUGUGGAUGGAAAUCAAUCGGAGGACAACCUGGGCAGCUGUGGAAGUGCAGGGGAAGCUCAGACACCACCUGAGGAAGACGGAGAGUCUCUUCACCAUUCGCUUUCCAGUCCAGGCGGGCUGAGCGGGCUGUCGAGUCUGACAAGUCCUUCUAUGAUCCUCCCUAGCCCAAGUACAAGUUUGGCCAGCCCCUCGGUCAGUCUGGCCAGCCCUUGCAUGAGUUUGCAGAGCCCACUCACUCCGCAUGAGUCAUCUGCAUUUGAGUGUAAACCCUCCAUGAACAGCCUGAGUGUGCUGUCAAACCACCAACCUGCUUCCACGUCAUCGUCAUCAUCAGCAAAUGCGGUGGGAAGUGGAGCAAUGUCUGUGCACCAUCACCACACUCCACACCACCCACCUCCACCUGGCCCACCUUUGCAUCGGAACCCUGUGGGCACCAAUCCACAUGACAUCAACAACCCUCUCAGUGUAAAUCAAUUGACAGGACAGUGCAUUAAGACCGAAAAUAGUAGUGGGAACAAAGAUUCAUCUUCGAACACACGACCUGUAAUUAGUGUUACGUAGCAUUCAGCCAAGUGCAACAUUCAGAAGGCUUCCUCAUAAUUGGACCUCCAAGCUUCUUUUAGCAAGAGGAUGAAAGUGUGGAAGAGGAUACUUUCCUGAGCAUCUUGUUUAAAGGAAAGCGACUUCUCUACAAUGUUGCGUUUGCGUUGUAACUCCUGCUGCCGAUAGCAAAUUACAUUGAAUGCUGCUGGGAGAGGUGCAUGUGUUUAAGUGUGUGGCCACUAAAAGAUGGUUUUGAGGCUCUAUGAAGACAAUCAAGACCAGAAGAGAAAGAAGAAUACUCAGGACGAAGUGUUGAAAGCUUACACAGAAGCGACAAAUUCAAAACUGCAUUUUUUGCAAACUUUUUUCAUACAUAUGUGUGUUUUAUUUGUGUUUUGGCCAAAUAACUGUCUUUCUUUUAUGAAAAAUAUAUGUUCCUUUGUGCCAGAAAUUGCUUGUUUUUAGACUUUUGUUUUAAUUUUGUCUUUUAUAAUAAUUGUGUACAUGUUGUUUGAUUUGAAGUCUAUAAUCACUGCAAGACAUGAGCUAAAUGUAUUAAAAGAUUUUUUGAAUUAUUUCAAAACAAUUAUGUAAAAUAGUGUCAACAUAGGGAAUCUCUCAUGUCCUCUCCAUAUUGCAAACCUUGUUAACUCUAAAACUGUUUUAUUCCAUCUUCCAUGCUGUGCUGUUCAUUGUAUAUUCAGGAUUCCUUCAGCUAUAACCUACCAAAGUUCACACGUUUCAUUGUUGCCUAUAUUUUGUCUCAUUGUAUUGCAGAUGUACAGUUUUUAUGUUGAAUUUUUAAAAUUUAAGUAUGGAGUUAAUUAAAAUUGAAUAUAUGCAGAAUGUAUAGUAUGUAUAUGAACACAGAAUGCAUCUUCAUUUACAUUGUCAAAGAAAGUUACUGGGUUUAUUCAAAACUCAGAGUGCUUUAUAAAUCUUCUUUCUACAUGAAAUUGUGUGCCAGUACCAAUCUCAUGAAAGGAGCAUGUUGGGCAGGGUACAUUUAGGUGACCAAGUGGCAACAUGUCUUUUUCUUUGUUUUAAAAUACAUAUUAAACCAUACGUUUUGUGCCACUUAUAAACAGCAAGUUGUUGGUUUUCUGUUAAUAAAUUUUCAAAUUGGCAUAUAUGUUAUCCUUUAAAACUGUUGUUAACUUUUGAUUUUUGUAAAUUGAAUUAUAGUUGAAACAAAUUUUCCUUUUAUUUUUGUUAUUAUUUUCAUCUUAUUCCAUUAGUGAAUGUCAAGAGCAAAAACAAAGUACAAUAUAAAUGAAUGAUAGGAUUUGUAAUAAAAUGAUUGAGAAGUGCUAUUUCUUCUAUGAUAGCAAUGUACAAAGCAAAUAGUGUCAUUUCAAAUCAGUGCUACUUGACUUUUUGUUAAUUUGUUGUUUGUAUAUUCCAACAUCAAAAGAUGCGGUAAUGUGCUGUAUUAAAACAUAAGAUUUUGUCUGUUUAGGUCUUACAUCAUUACUUCAAUAUAUUGAUCUCCUUGCUAAUGAUAUUUUGAUUUUGCCUUGGAUCAUUUCACAUGCUAGAUUCUUUAAUGUUCAUUGGAAGAGUUUAAAACUGUUUAUUCUAUGUGUUCAAAAAUUAAUCUUUACUCCUUUCUGUAAAAAUGAUGUUAUGUUUUAUCUAUUUUGCUAAACAAAUGUAAUAUUUCUUGCCUUAAUAUCUCUGUUUUAUAGUUAUUCAUUAACUGCAGAAAGGGCAUGUGAAAAACUAAAUGUAAAUGAGGUAAUUUAGAAUAUUUACAUUUAGUAAUGAAGAUUUUUUAUGUAUACAUAAUAGAUAGGAUAUAUGUUUUGUGCCAAAUGCUUCCCAUGUACAGUACAUGUUUUCAAUAAUAAUAGUGCAAUUUUGUUCAAAAUCAAUGGACUGUUAUUUAUAUCUGUUGAAUGUAUUUCAUAUUAUAAUACAUUUAAUCUUACAAAUAUAUUUAGUCAUUUUCAAGGAAGCUUUUGAAGGAUGUGUUACUUAACUAUAAACCUGAUAUGUUCUCAGAGUGCAUUUGCGCUUCUUUAAGAGAGCAGUCAGAUAAAGACUUGCUCACAAUUUUUUCAUCACACUGCCAUGUAAAUGUAUUCUUACUUCUUAUUUUCUUCUUAUUUCAACAUGAAGUUUUUGAUUAAUUUUGUUAGCAAAUAUCCCUGCCCAUAAAUGACCUUUCUGAAUGUUCUGUAAAAAUGUAGAUUUAAUUUUUGUUAAAAAAAAUUUACCUGAUGAUUUACCUGAUCAUAUAUUGAGAAAAUUAUGUGCUUGUUUGGUGCACCUGGAAAUAA